AUGGCCAAGGGAAAGAAGUCUGCUGACGCCAAGGGCAGCCAGAAGCGCCAGAAGAAGGUGCUGCGUGAUAACAUCCGCGGCAUCACCCGCGGUUCCAUCCGCCGCCUCGCCCGUCGUGGCGGCGUGAAGCGCAUCUCCAGCGAGAUCUACGAGGAGGUGCGGCGGGUGCUGAAGGGAUUUGUGGAGGGCGUCGUGCGCGAUGCCACUUCGUAUACGGAGUACGGCCACCGCCGCACCGUAACCGCGUCGGAUGUCGUGAACGCCCUGCGCAAGCGCGGUCACAUCCUCUACGGUUACGCGUAA